AUGGCAUGGCUUACCGUGAGGCACCCUCUGUCAACUGCCGCUGGCUUCUACUGGGCCCUUGCCCAGCUUCGCUUUCUACCUUCGCUCUCGCGGGAUCGAUCGCUUCGAAUCAAGUCUAGGGCAAGUGCAUUACCUGAGUCAUCCAAAUCAGGUAAUGCAGCUGCUUGGACACAGGAUCUUUAUGGAUCUAUCCUGAGGCCCAUGGGGUCAGGAACCCUGCCGGCAGUGUCUGCGGGCGAUGGCCACACAUGCAUACUUCAAUCCGAUGGUCGGAUGACUUGCGUGGGGCGCCAAGCGCAGUGCAAUGUGCCAUCGAAUCUGGGUAAAGUCGCGGACGUUUCUGCCGCCAGCUCGCACACAUGCGUGGUGUUAGAAGGCGGCCGCGUGAUAUGCUUCGGGCAAAAUAGACAGGGCCAGUGCGAUGUGCCUGAAGAUUUAGGACCAGUGCUGAGUGUGUCCACCGGUCGUGACUUUACGUGUGCAGUGCGAGCAGAUCUGCAAUUAGUUUGUUUCGGGAGUGGUGCCCCUGUGACUGCUGUGCCUCAGGAUCUGGGACCCGUUCAGGCAGUCUCUGCUGGAAGCGGCCAUGCCUGCGUGGUGAAAGCAGAUGGUCGGUUGGUGUGUUUUGGCCAGAGCACUGAAGGCCAAUGUUAUGUCCCGGCAGAUUUAGGGCCAGUGUUGGCCGUCUCCUCUGGUGGUUUUCACACAUGUGCAAUCAAGGUCGAUGGUCGGCUGGUGUGUUUCGGAGGUGAUGAUGAGGGGCAAUGCCGUGUACCGACUGACUUGGGAUCAGUUCUGGCAGUCUCGGCCGGGACAUUUCAUACGUGCGCAAUCAAGACAACUGGCCAACUGGUCUGUUUCGGGCGGAACAGAGAAGGACAGUGCGACGUACCAUCAGAUCUUGGGCCCGUUCUCUCAGUGUCCGCCGGCUUUUUCCACACUUGCGCAGUCCGGACGGAUGGUCUGCCGGUAUGCUUUGGAGACAACUCUGUGGGCAUGUGUAACAUGCCCCUCGUGAGCUGA